GCGGUCUUGAAUUUUGCUGUACUGAAAUAAAGAGGGAAGAAGAGUUCAUCCUGGAGUAGGAUCUCAGGUUAUUCCUCCAUAUAUCACAUGAAUACUGCUAUCCCUAUGAUUAUGGAAACCGGACAAUGAAAGAUGAUGGAUGGAUGGAUGGGAUGCAGACAGUGACAACCACAUAACCACCUGCACCACCUACAGCACCUCGAUGCUGGUUCACGGUUGUGUCUUACUCUCAGCCAAACUAGCCAAUCUAAAUUUAGCUCCCUUUGCGAGGCCAGCUUGUUGAAAAAUUGAUCGAUAGUGGAGUUGCUGCUAUAGUAACGGUCCCUGUUUUAAUGGUGGUCAGGUGUCACUGGAUCUCCCAUUAAGCAGAUAGUGAACGACAGUGAGCGCGGCACAGGACGAUGAAACAAAGUCGCCUCUGAAGCCGGUGACAUGUCCCGGAGUGGUCACAGGACAGAUAAGGGUGAUGACACGGUGGAACUGUGUGGCCGGGGGAGCUGGUGGCUGGGAACACUGAGAGACACACCCAUCCCGGGAACCUACCACGUCCGAGACUUCGUUGAGGAGGCUGACCUGAACCCUGUGAAAAAAACUUACGGCUUCAAAGGUGUGGGCAGAAAAACUCAGAUGCUGGGUGUGCGUAAGGGGGAUCUGCUGCUACCUGGAGCGUAUGAAUAUACCGACUCCACCCAGGAAGUCCUGAUGCACCAGGCAUCCUACUCUUUCAAGAACUGCCCCCGACCCGACAUUUUCACCCUUGGAAUUAGAGACAAGCACAUAAACACUUCGCCGUGUGACUACAAUGUGACAGCGACACCAGUGGAGAAGAUCCCCUGCAAGCAUGUGAUGUUUCGCUCAACUGUGCAGCGGAUCAGCUUUCUGCCUAAAGAUGGCCCUGCUCCAUGCCACUACAACCCACAGACCAAACCAGCUAAAGCCAUCACUUCCUGUUUCAAAUCCACGUUGCCACGGCUACACAGUGUGCACACAAACACUCCAGGUCCGGGGGCCUACGAUCCUUUCAGGAAGUCAUUUGCACAAAGAUGUUAAGGAGCCGUCUUAAUUUUCCAUGAUACAAGGAUCCCUGCAUUUACUCACUGUUUCAACUUACAGAGUGAAGUCACCCCAUAUGGAAAAGAUAUAUAUACAUCUUAUAAAGUUUGUAUCUUCUUGUGUGAAACUUGUAUGAAAAGCAUACAAGAGUGAAAACAGAUAUAAGAUCCCUUGAAAAAUUAUAUAAAUGAAACUUGUAUGUUUUAGAUACUCACUAAAACAACAUAUGAAAGUAAUGAGA